AUGGAAUUGGACGGAUUGGGAGGGGAUAUCGCUUCAGUUCAAAACAGGAGUUUUUAUCCGUCUGCGUUUGGGGCUCAUUCAAGCCGAUCUGCAACAGGGUCGACGGUGUACUCAAUUGCGGAUAGAUCUGCCUCUCUCAGUCCUGAGUCUAUUAAAACGUAUGCCCCAAUUCCGGGCUCCACGGCCGCCGCAAAUCCUUCCAUCGGCUUCGGCUGUCAUUUUGGGAACACUUACUAUGGUUGCAAAAUUCCGCACAGUGCCGGCUUCCAGCAGAACGCGACGAAACAAUCGCCUCAUGCAUCUCUAGGUGGACAUUCAGUGGACAAACUUAUGGACAUAUCAGGCUAUGCCAGCGCCAACAUGCACUGUAACGAAAUGGCAGGAAGGGCCAAAGAGUUUGGUGUUUACCAAGGCUAUACAGGUUCCUACUCACGGAUUCCCGGAUAUAUUGAUGUACCUGUUGUACCCAGAGCUGGUUCUGGCGACCCGAGACGCGAGGCUGUUUUGCCCAUGGAGAGUUACCAACCGUGGAACUGGUCAAAUAGCUGGAACAGUCAACUUUAUUGCGCGAAAGAACAGACUCCGAGCUCGAAUAUCUGGAAGUCAUCUCUCGUGGGCGAGCCAGGAUUGAACCAACCAGAUGUCAGCACUUUAUACCGACGUGGGAGGAAGAAGCGGGUGCCGUAUACCAAACUUCAGCUGAAAGAACUUGAACGAGAGUACACCGUUAACAAAUUUAUUACUAAGGAUAAAAGGCGGCGGAUAGCUUCUUCGACGAGCCUGUCGGAGAGGCAAGUCACGAUUUGGUUUCAGAAUCGCAGAGUCAAAGACAAGAAGAUGAUAUCUAAACUGCAAGACUUUGAAACUUAUUCUUAA